AUGAACCGAGAUUUUGUCUACGACAAUCAAAGUGACCGAUCAUCAGCCUGGAUUAGAGCUGGGAAUACUUUGAAUAAGUGGCUUUGGGGUGCUUUGUGCUGUGGUGUACCAGGUAUACCAUGCUACUUCUGCUCCUGCUGUGAGAAGAAUGAUGAAGAUAGGGAGCGCCCCAGAGUGAAUCAAGGAACUGCUACAGCCGAACGAAUGUCCCGUCCCCACCGUCCCCACGCACCCAGAAGCAGAAAAUCCACCCCAGAAAUGUUGUCAGCAGUCCGCUGCGCCCUUUCACAGCUUCAAGGUGAACCAGCUCCACCGUUACCCACCAGAAAGUCAAAACACGCACCGGAACCAGGGUGA